AGUCGAGUGCUGCCGGAGGGACCUGCCGGCCUGGCGCCUGCGCGCUGUGGCCUGCCGGUUGGACGCCUGCGCAAUGCCGCCACGGGUUCUGUGUGUGUCUGGGAGCGGGAUCGUGGCUGAGCUGAUGGACAGCAGCUCGUGUACGUCGGCGGCGGACUUCACCACCCGGCACCUAGUGCUAAACCUGAGGGUGGGCUUCCAGAGCUGCCGCAUCGCCGCUUCAGCUGCGCUGACUGUCGAAGCUCUGCGCGAUGGGUUGUCGGCUCUGAUCUUGGAUACAAGAGACCUUAAAAUACUCAAGGCUACAGUCAAUGGACAAGAAGUCAAGUUUUCACUUGGAAAUAAGCACUCUUACAAAGGAACACCCUUGACGAUUAUUCUUCCAUAUAAAUUGCUGCGGGGCCAGCAAACAGUGGUGGAGGUUACUUAUGAGACAUCACCAGAAGCUUCAGCUUUGCAGUGGCUCACUGCUGAGCAAACAGCUGGGAAGAAGCACCCAUACUUGUUUAGCCAAUGUCAGGCUAUACAUUGCAGAAGCAUGGUCCCUUGCCAGGACACACCAUCUGUGAAAAGCACGUACUAUGCUCGGGUAUCUGUUCCAAAAGAACUCGUUGCUCUUAUGAGUGCGAACCAUGAUGGGGAGUUGGUUGAUAACAAAGAUGACAGCAGAAAGAUUUACUGUUUUCGGCAAAUGGUUCCAAUGCCAAGCUACUUAAUUGCACUAGUUGUUGGAUCUUUGGAGAACAGAGUAAUUGGCCCAAGAUCGAGAGUCUGGUCAGAGAAGGAGAUGGUGGAUGCUGCUGCAUAUGAAUUUGAAGAGACUGAAACCAUGCUCAAGAAAGCUGAAGAGCUUAUGGGUCCAUAUGUGUGGGGACGAUAUGAUCUCCUUGUACUUCCUCCGUCAUUUCCUUAUGGUGGAAUGGAGAACCCUUGCCUGACUUUUGUAACACCAACUCUGCUGGCUGGUGAUAGAAGUCUUUCUAAUGUAAUUGCACAUGAGAUUUCCCACAGUUGGACAGGAAACCUAGUCACCAACAAAACCUGGGAGGAUUUCUGGUUAAAUGAAGGUCAUACAGUGUACUUGGAGCGUAUGAUCGCCCGUUCCAUGUUUGGUGAAAAACACAGGCAAUUUGCAGCCAUUGGAGGCUGGAAAGGUCUGCUUGAAGCGAUUGAGACAUUUGGUGCUACUAAUCUCCUGACCAGUCUGGUCCCCAGGCUGUGUGAUACUGACCCUGAUGAUGCAUUUUCAUCUGUGCCAUAUGAAAAGGGAUUCGCUUUACUUUAUCAUUUGGAGGAACAGCUUGGAGGACCAGAUAUCUUCAUGGGGUUCCUCAAAGCUUAUAUUCAAACAUUUGCCUACAGCAGUGUAACCACGGAGGACUGGAAGAAAUGCCUGUAUACAUAUUUUAGUGAUAAAACUGAGAUUUUGAAUAAAGUUGACUGGAAUACCUGGUUCCAUUCUCCUGGAAUUCCACCAUUCACACCACAGUGAGUCUCUUCU